AUGACCCCAGAGAAGCUGGCUAUCAUGAAGCUCAGCUCGUCGUCACAUCUCGACGGAGAUGUCUUCUCUGACCCAGAAACUCCGGCCAAGUCUGUUGGUUUCCACAGCCGAGCAGAGAACAAACGCUCUUCUUUGUCUCGCUCCAGCAGGCAGGUUAGCAGCUCUCGCAGAGCUAGCUCCUUUAUGCACUCUCAUCGUAACAAGAUGUCGCUGGAGCUGCAGACUCAGGCUGAGAGCAAAUUCUUCGUUCUCAUUGAGCUGAUGUCCAACGCUUCUCGAGAGGCCUCGUCGCUCAAGGAGUACUGGAGCCGUCUCAUGGCUGAUCGAGAGUCAUUUGACAAGGAGCGAGAAGAGCUGAUGCUCCAGAUCGACGAGGUCAACGAAACCCUGGAGCAGAAAGAAUCCCAGCAACACAACCACGGCCGCGAGCUCCACGAGAGGAAGAAAGAGAUCGAGAAGCUUCUCAUUGAGCUUUCUGCUGCCAUCAACGGUGUCUCCGAGCAGAAGAAGAAAGUCGCCGACAAAGACCAGGAGAUCGAGCGCAUCCGAACUGAGCUGAGUGACUUCCGCCUGUCCACCUCACGCUCGCAGAUCGACUUUGACAACGCCAAAGCGGAACUUGAGAGCAUCGUCUUGAGAUUGAAGACGGCCGAGGGGGAGCGAGACCAUGCCAGGGAGGACAUCGACAAGGCUCGAUCUGAGCUUCGCAUCAUCACUCGAGAGCACACCGAUGUGAAGGCCAGGUACACCGACAUCACUUCCAAGCUUGAUGUCUCUCGACAAGAGGUUCAGACUUUGACUGAUCGCAUCAAGGCCUGGGAGAGUGAGCGCACCGAGCUUCUGGUGGAGAAAGAUAGGCUCCAGGAGCAGCACCGCAAGAUCUCUCUGAGGGUUGAAGACACUUCCAGGGAGUUGACUGAAGUCACUGAGAAGUACGAACGCCUUCAGCGAGAUCAUAAGCAGGCUAAGGACACCAUCCGCUUCAUCGAGUCGGAGAGAGAUGACCACGCCACCACAAUCGACCGCUUGCGCCUGGAGAUCCGCACAAAGGUCACUGCCAACGAAGAAGUCGAAGCUCGAUUGGCAGAUAUCGUUCUCAAGUUUGAGCAAUCCAAGAGAGAGAGCAUCGAUAAGGAUGGCAGGCUGCACGGCCUGGAGUCCGAGAUCCAUGAGCUCCGUCAGCGCCUCGAGCGCAGCCAGGAGAACCAUCGCACUGUUAUCGUCGAACGAGAUCAGCUUCGUGACGAUGUCGAGAGCGAGCGCCGCAGAGUUUCUGAUACUCAUCGCCAGCUCACAACACUCCAGGAGACCUUGACCCGAACUGAGUCUCUACUCAGCGACGUUCGCACUGAAGUGUACAGUACCACGGAGAGGAUCAAGCACAUUGAACAUGAAAGAGAUGACUUGAAGGACAAGAACCAUCAUCUUCAUGGCGAGCUGUCUGGGCUCAAAGAGAAGUUAGCACUCCUCCAGGCUGAGAUCCGCACAACCACUGAGGCUCGUGACCAGGCCCGCCACGAACUCGAACAAUUCAAGCAGCGCUACGAUGAAGUCACCGAGACCAUCACCGAGUAUAACAACGACAGCGGCGAGCUCGAGUUUGAGAUCGAAAGUCUCCGUACCAUGCUUCGCGAGGCCCGCGAGCAGAAGGAGAGAGCCAUCACUGCCCGCGCCGCGGCCGAUCGCGAAAGAGACGAGUUUGUUGCCAAGUAUGAGGACAAGUGUCGCGAGAUGGAAAAGUGGGAGGAGUCGAGGAGCAGCUGGUUCCAUUCGCACGGACGGGGUGAGGGGAGGACGGUGAGUUCGAGGACGGUGACUAGGAAUGGGGCGAGCUCGUCGUCGUAUUCGAAGCAUGAGGGUGGCGAGGGGAUUCAUCAUCAUGAGUAG